AUGGCCGCCAACCCACAGCCUGCGCUGCAGCUGGCCGACUACCUCGAGAAGCUGCCCGGCACGACCUUUAGAAAGCUCUAUCAGCAGCCCUCGACAGCGUUUGCCAUUUUCCGGCGCAUGCUGCCCCAGCUGGCCAAGACCUUUGUGAUGCGCAUGCUUUACAUGCCCAACCCAAUGAGCCUGAAUGAUUUGGAUUCUUGGGUCAAGCCCGAAGCAAAAAGACAAAAAGACCAGAUGCUCUCGACGCUUCGCAGCCUGCACAUUGUCCAGAUAUCGGCGCCUUCCAAGGACAAGACGCAAGAAGUGCAGCUCACCGCCAACUUUCGCACCUCGAUGCGCCUCGCCCUCACAGGCGGCGGCAACCACGGCUCCUUUGGCGUGCCCUCGACCCUCGCCGUCCCCCCCGAAAUAGACCUGCCCUUUCUCGACCGCUACGCGCGCCGCCGCUGGGACGAGAUUCUGCACUUUGUCGUGUCCUCGGUCGGCUUUAAGAACGCGGGGGGCGGCGGCGCCGCAGCCGACGGCCCCAACAAGAGCGUGCGCGACAUCCUCGUCGCCGGCCGCCUCGUCGACCGGCGCCCCAAUGGCUCCAUCGGCAUCACACAGGCCGGCUUCACGUUUCUCUUGCAAGAAGCCAACGCGCAGGUCUGGACGCUGCUGCUGCUAUGGCUCGACGCGCUCGACGCCGACAAGAGCGCCGCCGUCGACAUGCUCUCGUUCCUGUUUGUGCUCGCGAGCCUCGAGCUCGGCCGCGCCUACGACACAAACGCUCUCACCGAGCACCGCCGCGACAUGCUCCCCGCGCUCGCCGACUUUGGCCUCGUGUACAUUCCGCCGCAGAAGCGCUCCAUGUUUUUUCCAACGCGGCUCGCCACCACGCUCACCAGCGGCGCCAGCAGCAGCCUGCGCAGCAUCAGCGAGGGCGUCGUCGCCGCCACCUCGGCCGCCCUCUCCGCCUCCUCCUCCUCCUCAACUCAUCAAGACCAGAACCACCAGUCCCGCGCUGGUCCGCUCGGCGCCGGUGCCGGCGAUCAGAUCGGCUCCAUCGUCAUCGAGACCAACUACCGCCUCUACGCCUACACCCAGUCGACGCUGCAAAUCGCCGUCCUCGCCCUCUUUUCCCGUCUUACCAUGCGCUUUCCCGACAUGGUUGCUGGCCGCAUCACCCGCACCUCGAUCCGCCAGGCCAUCCAGUUCGGCAUCACCGCCGAUCAAAUCAUUGCCUACCUCGCCGCCCACGCCCACGAGCAGAUGCAUCGCUCCGCCGCCCUCGCCGCCCGCCCUGUUCUGCCCCCGACCGUCGUGGACCAGAUCCGCCUCUGGCAGCUCGAGAAUGAGCGUAUGAAGACGACGGGAGGCUUCCUAUUUCGCGACUUUGACGACCAGAAAGAAUAUCAGGACACGCGCCGCUUCGCAGACGAGAUUGGCGUCUUGGUGUGGAGCAGCGACAAGACGGGCAUGUUCUUUGCUAGCAAAUUUGAGCAGAUUCGGGAUUACCUAAAGAGCAGAAAAAAGGCUGAAUAG